AGUACAUACGGUACUCGAGAAUUCUAGUUGAUUUAUUAAGGAGCUGCCACUUAUGGAAUUAAAGAUGAUCGAGAAAGAAUUCUUUCAUCUUUCUGAUUCAACAUUCAAAGGUUGUAUUGCUUUUCUCCAUAACUGAAGAACUUGUACUCUCUCCUUCAUCACAUAUGGGUGAUAUGGAUGCUUCUUCAAUUCCAAUUGUGGGAGUAGAGGAUUGGGUUAAUAAUAUUAAUACUAAUAGCACACAUGCCGUUCUUGAGAGUAGACACAUGCCGCACUCGAAUAUGGAGUUUAAAUCUGAAGUAGAAGCAUAUGAGUAUUAUAAUGCAUAUAGUAAGAGAUACGGAUUCGGCAUUCGUCGAGAAUAUGUCAAUAGAAGCAAAAAGGAUGGAAUAUUAACCUCAAGGAGAUUCUCAUGCUACAAAGAGGGCAUGCAAGCUACAUACGAACGAGACAACUUGAUAAAAAAAUCCGAGAGCAGAAACUUGAACCGGAUGCCAAGCACGGAUGGUAAUUUCAUUUGAUCGUAAGAUAGAAAAGUACAAGGUUAGUGACUUUGUAGAUGAACAUAAUCACACUCUUCAACCUCUUGAUUAUGCAGUCAUGCUUUGAAACUUUUGGAUUUCAUGAAUAUUAAAGCUAUUCCUCAACAUUACAUACUUAAGCAGUGGACGAAGGAAGCAAGGUUGGGAAGCAACCGUGAUAUUAAUGGGAAACAUAUUGAGUUAGACGUUAAAGCUCACUUCAUGAAGAGAUAAAAUGAACUAUGUCCUCGAAUGGUAAAGUUAACAAAUAGGGCAUUUGAAUCUCAUGAAGCUUACACCUUUAUGUCUAAAUUAUGUGAAGAGUCUAGCAGAAUUAUAGAAGAGAUGUUGGCAAAAAUGUCUGUCCAAGAAGAAUCAAGUGGUGCAUGUGACGUUGCUAUAUUGAUUGGAUCCAGAAACAUUUAGACCAAUGUUAAUACUAUUGAUAUUGAUGGUCCCAUAGGAAUAAAGAAAAGAGAUUCUUCUAAUAAGGGAAAUAAGCGGCCUAAAUCUUGGGUGGAAAAAUUAGCAAGAAAGUGAAAGACAAAUGAAGUGCAUAAAAAGAAAAAAAGAUCAACCAAUUUGGUAAAAGACUCUUUUUUUUGUUAAACUAUGUAAUUUCUUGUUUUUUGUAGGUACCAUUUGCACCCACAACUGGAGGAAUCCAACAGUUGAUUUCAAAUUCAGUUUUACCUUAUAUGCACCAACCAUCUGCAUAUAUUCCCAUGACCAAUUCAUUCACUGAUUUCAUUGAUACUGGAGAGCACUUUGCGGGUGAAAGUCAAAUCAUUAAUCCUAACCAAGACCCAAAUAGAAGUGCAUAUUGUAAUUUUUGAGAAGGAAGUGGUUGUUUUUUUAGAAAAUGUAGAUUACUAAGAGCUCACUUGAUGGAUAAUUUAGGAAGUAGUCGUUUGUGAAACAUUUGAUUUGUUUUUGCUAUUUGGGGUGUUGCAAUUUACAUUGUGGAAAGUAGUUUGCAGACUUUCUUUUUGACAAGUUGUUUGCAGACUUAUUAAAAUGAAAAUUGAAGCUUUUGUUGUACAAAGUAUUUGUUUAUUUACAUUGUGGAUAGGAGUUUGGGAC